GACAAAGAUACAACAAAGAUGGCCGGCCAUGGAGUGAACGCAGAGGUAGAACAAUUGAGGUAAGGGUCUAUGCUCGCUAUCUUAACCCUCUUUAUCAAUAUGAUGGAGCGUUAUAUAUUUAAUGUUCAAAAUAUACAGGUAACAGAAAGAUCGAAGCAACACAGAGGUUUAUUUCCUUUGAAAAUAUCAUACGUGUCUUUGUCUGGAAUUCGGAUGCGUUAGUUAAUUUGAACCGCGUACCGAGAAAACCAUGGAGUUUGAUUUUACAAGGGAAAUUAUCAGAUGCCAAUCUCGAUAUGUAUUUGACUCUGGCGUAACAAUUUUUUUGGAGAAGUUUUUCCCCAGUUUUGUGUCUGGAAAAUAAUUUUUUCCGUUUAUUUUUACACAAGCUCUUUGUACCAAACGUAUUUUAAACAUCUGCUGUGUACAUUCAUUGAAAAAUAUAGGCUACUGCUUUCUUUGUUGAAAAUUUAGGCCACCCUGUUAUAUUUUAGCGGAUGUUUUUUUAACAUAAGGAAAUAGAGCGGUCGUUAAAACCGUAUUGAGUGACAAUACCGUGAAAAAUGGUGGGCAUUUUUUACAAUAAAACCCUUGAAAAUAAACGUUCGAUUUAGCAAGGGGCAGGAAACGUGUGUUGAUGUUCAAUUUUCUCAUUCCAAUUUAUUUGGAAUUUUAAGCGGCGUUCAUGUAUUAUUUUCCUUGAGGUCUCUCUUAAUUUUUGACCUCAGCUAAACGUUAAAAUGAUUGCCAUCUGUAUAUAUCAAUAAGCGUCUUGUUUGUGUUUAUAUAUUCGCAGCACUAAUACCACGUUGUAACGAUAUUCCAAUAUGUAUAUAACCGAACGCAAAUAAUUUAGAGAUAAGCCCACGUUAUUUUACAUUCAAAUGAACCGCUUUAAUCAAGUUCCUAUUCAUUUCAAAUGUUUUUAAAGGUGAAUUUAUGACCAAAAUUAGAACCGGGCAGAAGUUAGAUACUAUAGAUAGAUAGCUUUAUUAAAAUCAAUUGCAGCCAAAAGGCUGGAUUAUGGACUAUACAAAUGAUUACUUAAUACUAAUUACAGAAAGAAUAAAAAAAACUAAAUAAAAAAAAAAGGCUAAAAAAUACUAUAUACAAAUAUUAAAAUUUGCAUUACACAUGAUAAAGCCAUUAGGAAUGGAUUGAGCCAUUAGGGAAUAGCCGUGUUGUACAUGAAACUUAAACUUAAACUUAAGUCAUUCAAUUAUAUAAAUUGGUUCUCUUUUAUCCUUUUUUCCUUCCUUAUUUCUCUUUUGUUGUUUUUAUCAUGAGAAACUAAUAGAUUAUGACUUUUCAUUUGCUCAUUUUUCAGUUGGUAUCACUACAAUGUAAGUCGUCAUGUGGCAGAAGGCUUGUUGAUGGCUAAUGGCAGAGAUGGGAGUUAUUUACUUCGAGCUAGUGCAUCUAAUCCAGGAGAAUAUUCAUUAUCAGUGAGGUAAGUUAUUUUGAUCUCUCAGAUCAGUUUGUAAGAUCCCAACAACAGAUGCACUUAGAGCAGCUGUCUCUUUGGUCAGAAGAAUCCUUCCAACUUUUGAUUGGUGUAUCAGUGGCAACAAUUCAAGCUGUUACAAUGUAGAGGUGUGGUUACACAGACCCCUCAAAAGACACACUUCUGCACACAGAUUAGACAAACCAUGAAAACAGAGAGUGAUGUAUAGACAAUGAUGAGAAUCUUACUUUUAAAUUGACACUUUUUUUUUUUGUUUUCUCAGAUGUGCCAGUUCUGUGAAGCAUUUUCAAAUCGGCUGGGACGGUUCACAGUUUAAAUUUGGAAUGGGAUCAUUUUCAAAUAUCAAUGAAUUUGUGGAACAUUUUGAAAAUAAGCCUUUGAUUGGUGGUGAUUCGGGUGAGUAUAAUAUGUACUAUUAUUGAGGUAAAAUUUUGAACAACAGCAUUCACAGAAUGAGUGCUUUCCUCCUGUUAUUGUAAGGUGAAUGAGAGAAAACUACUUUCUCCCUCUUUUUUUUCAUUAACCAGCAGAAAACCUUCAUCAUGAGAUAAUUUACUUUAUGGUUUAUUGCCUUUAACAGGGGUCCUUACUUUAUUGAAAUACCCUUAUCCAAGAGAUAUUGAAGAACCAACAACCUAUGAGAAAGUACGAGUACAUGCAGAGUGGGGAAAAAUAGGAAAAGUAGCAUAGAAAACUCUAUGGAUCAUUCUGUAAGUGAGAACUGCUUAAAAUCUGUGCUUGAAACUUAUAAGUUUUUUUUUUUUUAGGGGGGGUAUCGGGGGGAAUUAGUAUUGAAUUUUGUGGUCUGAUAGUGUAUGUGAUGGUAGUCCUGAGUACAACUUUUGUCAGUAAUUAACAUAUCCACAAUAUAUCUCGCAAGGGAGUCAUCGCCGCAGGCAGCUGGUCUCACCCAUUCAAUCACCUUAAAUAACUCACUGAGAAUUGAUAAUCUAAGAUUGAAAAUUCUUAAUGUGGAAUGAGGAUAUUUUCUUUCAUAUUUCCUCUGUCCACCCUUAGAACUCCUUGUUGUCUGAAUUGCCGUCUGCUUGUUGUACAGUUUUAAGCAAAUAAGUGUUUAGAGUAAUAAUAUGAUAAGAAAAUUCUUAGCAUGAAAAGGAGCCACUGGAUGAGGAGAAUUUUCUCUUGACUUUUCCAAUCAACCCUCUCUCAACAUCCUAAACUGCCCCUGUUCUGGGUAUCUGUGUAAAAUAUGUUUUUGGUUGGAAUAAAUGAAAACUGUAGGAUGACCCUUUUUUUUUUUUUUUUUUUUUUUUUUUUUUCCCAGUUUGGUUCAAAAGAAGGAUAUCUCACUAAACUUGGUGGCAAAGUAAAGGUGAGAAAACACAUUUUACCACUCUCAAGAUCAGAUUACAAAUUCUCCUGUCUGACUUCCAUACAUUUCCUUAUAUGUCAGGUGUGAGAAUUUCUUGUUCUUUUAAGACAAUUCACAUUUGGUGAAACUAAGAUAAUUAAUUUUUUUCUUGCAGAAUUGGAAAACAAGGUGGUUUGUACUACUGAAAAAUGAACUGAAGUACUUUAAAACAAAAGGGGUGAGUUGUUGAACUAAGACACGUACUUGCCAAGAUAACAAAGUUAUUUUAGUUGCAACAAAUUUUUCAGAUUUCUAACUUGCUUAAAUUCUGCAAUUAAGGACAAAGAACCUAUUAAAACGAUAGACCUUGAAGAAUGUCAAGAAGUGGCAAGAGAUGACUCAUUAGGAAAAGGAAAUUGUUUCAGGUAACCUUUGAGUUUAAUUAUUGUGGAAGACAAGUAAGUUUUGUUGCACUGACCACCCAUUCUUUGGCUGCUCUCAAAUGUUUCUUCUGAAAAACAAUUUCUCAAUAUAUCUGUUUUGAACUUGAGAGGUAAAGGUAAAAAUUUAAACCUCAGGCUGUCCCUUUCUUCCAAAAUACUCUACCAUUUAGAUGAUACACAGGUCCCUCCUAGAUGCUUUGGUGCAAGUAUGUUCAGAUACAAGGAGAAAAGCAAAAUACAAGCUCCCUAGGCGGCUUCCACCCCAGUAAUUCUAAGAGCCUAUUCACACAAGCUAAGCUAGAGACUUGACCCUUUAACUCUCAGAAGUGAUUAAUAUUUAUUAUCUCCCUAAAAUAUCUAUACAUCAUCCAGCAAACAGGUGAUGAAAAUACUCACACUUAUCAGGUAGAAUUUGUUAUCUUGAUCUAACACCAAAUUCUUGUAACUGCUUUAACCCUUAAACUCCCAUGACUGACCAAGACAGAAUUUCUCCUUACAAUGUCUAUACAAUAUCAACCAGAUAAGGGAUGAGAAUAAAGAAAAAGACCAAAUUGGGGAUAAUUAGUUGAUCAAAUACUUAAUUCUCUGAACUAACAUCAUAAGAAUUGUAUUGUUGACAGCAGGGAGAAUUACAAUUUUGAUCUGGGAGUUAAAGGGUAAAAAGAAAAUGUGUAGCAGCUAGAGGGGAGAAUUAGCAUUCAGAUCUUGGAAGUUAGAGGCUUGAAGCCUUAAAUAUGGAACAAAAGCUACCUUGUACAGACAUUUGAAACUGAACAUGCUUCAAAUCUCUUUUUCCUCAGGAUUGUCAUGCCAUACAGAACAUUCUUCUGUUAUGCAAAUUCAACACAAGAAGCUGAAGAGUGGAUCAAAAUUCUUCAGUGGAAGCUGGUAAGUAUCCACCCCAGUUUGUAAUAAUUGUUGAAGUCCAGGUUAGAAACUGAGCCUGAUUGUUAAAUAGUGCUAGUAAACAAGACACCACCAACAAAUAUAAUAACAUUACUUUUCUUCAUCAUUAUUGUCCUUAACAUCAUUGUUGUUAACAUUAUCUUGGCAUAUCACACACCCAUUAGAGCUUGGGUUUUGGGUUUCAUGGCCCUCAAUUAAAAUGGGUUUUAACCCUUUAACUCCCAUGAGUGACCAAGACAGAAUUUCUCCUUACAAUAUCAAUACAAUACCAACCAGAUAAGUGAUGAGAAUAAAGAAAAAUAUCAAUUUGUGGGAUAAUUAGUUGAUCCAAUACUAAAUUCUCUGAACUAACCCUGUAAGAAUUGUACAGUUGACAUUGAGGAGAAUGACAAAUUUGAUCUGGGAAUAAAAGGGUUAAUAUGCCAGUAGGUUAAAAAACUUAACCUUGAGAUGAAAUUCCCCAUUCUCAAGAUUUUUUCUGUUACUUUCCAGGAAAAUGUAACAAUGACAAGACAAAGGCAAUCAACCUUCAGAUGA